AUAUUUCGACUUGCAUUUUUGUUUUUACUAAGAAUUAAGUUUGCCGGCUGGAGUAAGAUGGGUCGUUCCUGCUUACCAGCAUCCCUUAUUCAUGCCUACUCUAUCUGUAAUAUCUCAUGCCUCCGUCUCUUUGAUACAAUUUCAAUAAUUUGAAGAAAUAACUUUGAGAAAGUACUAUUCAAUCAAUAUAGCACAGUAUAUUUAAUGAGUAAAUAUGCCCCGAAUAGCUUUUCAACUAGCCUCUGGGUCUGGACUUCUUUCAAAAUUCAAUCAAAAAACUAUAAGAUUUGUUAAAUAUGGUUGUACGAACCGGCCGUUUUACCACAUUGUCCUGACUCACGUAAAAUCAAAACAAAAAACUUCUCCAAUUGAACAAUUGGGAACUUAUGAUUCAUGUGUCAAUAUUGAUAACGAGAAACUUGUAGCUUUUGAUAGUGAACGGAUACAGUACUGGGUGGGUCAUGGUGCUAGAAUAUCUCGGCCGAUUUUAGAAAUUCUGGGAGUUUCUGGAUUUUUACCGAUACAUCCACGAUCUUAUAUUAAAUCAUGGAGAAGGCGUAAUGAUCAAAAACUUAAUAAUAAUUGAAAUAUUUAAAAUAUGUGUUAAUAAUAAUCAUUAAAAUGUAUAUUUGUUAAAUAAAUCAUUAUUUAA